AUGGCGACUUUUUUGAGGCCCCUACUGGUGGCUAUGGAAAAGGUCAACAAUCUCAAUGGAAAGUACUUGAAAUUGACUUUCGAGGAGCAAAAGGAGUUGGGGAUUGUUGGAAGAUUCAAGGUCUACAAUUGGACAUUUGAAAUGAUUUGUUUGGGAAUUUUGGGAUUGAUAUUUGCUUUUUACAAAGUUGGCAUGUUGAUAAACGAGAAUCGAGCAAAGAGAAUGUUUAGUUCAAUAUCAGAUUUUUGCAAAGAUGAGCUCAAAUUUGCCCGUGUUGGUUUCAACAGUAAAGACGGAUCUAAACUGUUGUAUAUUGAGGAACGCGGUAAGACUUGGUUUAGCACUUUCGCCACCGGUCGUUCUGCUGUUGAGAGCUUGAGUGUCAAGACUCAUAUGCUUUCCCGCAGCAAUCCUAUAGCGAUGAUAACAGAGUACCUUUUGAAUUUUUUUUUCCCCAGUUUGGCAGUCCAGGACAUUGGUGAGUAUUGUGAAGUUGUUAUCAAGCCAAGCGGUGUAUUCGUUAGCACCGAAACUGCUAAAGUCAAUGAAAAUUCUGGUGAAGUAUUGAACAACUUCAAAUUCAUCACUUCAGUGGUCAAUAAAGCUGCUAUGAAUGAGCUACGUCGUGAAAACUAUUAUCUUUCAUUAACGCGUACUAGUGAAAGUGCAAAACUACCUAUUGAGUAUGUUUACAUGUCUGAAUUGAAUCAAUUGAAUGAGUUUUUCCAUCAUUAUGCAAGUCCAAACUUCAAUGAGACCUUAAAGAAUGCAAGUCAACUCGUUAAAUUCAUUGGGUUUACCGAUUUACCUACCACUAAACCGUUAACUGAUAAAUUGUGGGUCGCCAAUCAACAACCUCGUGUUGUUAUUCGCACAUCCAUCCCGGCAAGUCAACAAGAUCUCAAAAUUUUCAAUGAAGUUCUAUACUCUGUGGUUGAACUCAUUGACAAUUUCACUCGCGAUUUGCAGCAAAAAUCUCCAUCGGUUUUCAUAACACACGAUAUCUUGAAGAAGUCAAACCAGUUAAGAGUCCAAGAACUAGCCAAAAUUAUUAAAGCUGCCAAACAAGUUGAAAGAGAAAUGGCUCAAGAGAAGAAGCAAGAAGCUGAAAAGGAGAAAAGACGUCAAAUGAAGGCAUCCGGUGAGCAAGAAAAAUAUGAUCAAAGGAUGAAAGAAAAGAGAGAAAGACGUCAAAAGAACAGACAAAAGACUAGAAUGUAA